ACAGACGAAUCAACAAAUUCUCCAGCUGUGGUUUUUCAAAAUUCUUUGUAAAAUUUUUGGUACAAAAUUUCAAAAUUUUCCUCGAAAUGUUUAAGAGAACCGCUUUAGUUUUAAGUCGGUGUUUACAGCCCACAUUUAUACGGCCCCACCACAUCAAUGUCCUUGCAAGCUUGAAGGAAGCCGCAGAUGAUCUUCCAAAUCAGGAGCAAAAAAGGUUUGUCGACGGCUCUAUUCACGUUCAAGAGCAAAUUCGUUCUGCAUUCACCAACCCACUGCAACGAAAGUUUUUGCAAAACCUAGAGCAGCAGCAGGCUCUUAAGAUCAAAACAAAUCGGUGGCUUAAUGAAGAGAAUCAGGAUGAACUUGAAAAUAUGAAAAAUGAAUGCCAGAGGGUUGCCUUAGAAAUCACCAUGGCUGCAAAAGAUGGCGACAUUAAAAAAGCCUGCAAAAAACUGGCUCAAAAAGAAAAGUGCAAAAAAAAAGAACUGAAAAAAAAAUGCAAGAAACUGGCUGAAAAAGAAAAGUGCAAGCAAAAAGAUUUGAAAAAGAAGUGCAAAGAAUUGGAGAAAAAGACCAAGUGCGCGAAAAAAGAUCCUUGCAAAAAGAAAGACCCUUGCAAAAAGAAAGAUCCCUGCAAAAAGAAAGAUCCCUGCAAAAAGAAAGAUCCCUGCAAAAAGAAAGACCCCUGCAAAAAGAAAGACCCCUGCAAAAAGAAAGACCCUUGCAAAAAGAAAGAUCCGUGCAAGAAAAAGGGUGGUGAUUUAAAAAAGAAGUGCAAGAAAUUGGCCGAAAAGGAAAAAUGCAAAAAACUGGCCAAGAAAGAAAAGAUGAAAAAGUUGCAGAAAAAGUGUAAAAAAAUGGCAGAGAAGGAAAAGUGCAAGAAAAUGGCCAAAAAAGACAAAUGCAAGAAGAAGUAAUAAGCAAUGUAAUACAUACUCGUUUUGAAUUCCCAAUAGUAAUAUAUUUCA